GCAACACUGACGACAACCAAAGACAAGCUCCAGUAGCUAUUAUGGCACACCUAACGACACCGGCGUACUGGUUAACUUACUUCGAACAACUUUAAUAUUUGAUGUACUCUUAACUUUACGUACAGUGUCUUGUGUCAGAUUGCUGUCAAGUACAGACGACAGUUAGCCACAAUUAACGGCGAGUAGAGGGAGUACGAAAGCGGAAGAACUUUCUGUUAGCGGAGUGCAGCAGUAGUUAGCUUAAGUAGUUAGCCUGACAAGUAGCUGAUAUAACGUCGCUCGGUAGCAGCUAGCAGGCUAGCCUGCUCCCUUUGCUGUCAUGCCUGGAGUUCCUCGAGAUUUCACUGCGUAAACGAGAAUACCUAGCAGUUAGCCGGUUAGCUUACAGACCUCCAGAAGCAGUUUGUACUACCACCGAGGCGUAGACAGGGCGGGCUGGACUCGGAGCAGUGACAGGGCUGAAUUAACUCACAGCUGAGAUUUGGGCUGUAGCCGGCUGGAGAUAUCUCACAUACACACAUCCUUCCCGAAUUCCCGAUGAGAUGAGAAGGAGCUUGUCAUACUGAGUUUCUGCGAAAUGGUCGUGGAGCUGUAACAAAGCCAAAGGUUUUAAAAUAAGACAUCUCGACCCGGCCCACAAGGAGUGUCAGCCUUUUCUCUUUGCCAAAAAAUACAAACAUCCGUCAAGACUGCAGAAAUGCUGACUGACAACAGGAAGCGACAUCGUAGCUGUGACAGUGAGGAGGACCAGCAGCUGAGUCCUCAGGCCAAGAGGUCAGGAGGGGGUCCCAGCCUGCUUGUGUCAGAUUUGGACUCAGAGUCUUCCAGCAGUGACAGCAGUAAUGGAACCAGUAGUCCAGAGAGAGCAAUAGUGGUCACUACCAGGCCAUGCAUACACAGCCAGAACAACUGCAUCACCCAGUACUCCCUCAGCCCAAAUCCUGAAGACUCUGCCAGCUCCUUGCAGCACGGUUUCCAUGGCAACGACAGCAGUGUCUCCUACGACUACAUCAACAGAGUCCUGAGGGAGGCGCACUUCAGCAGUCUGCAAACCAGAGGGCGUCCGGGCUCGACAUGACUGUGACCUCUGACCCCUCUCCUGACCUUUUGUCCCUCGCCCAUCAGUGCAGACACUACUGGCACGGUGGCUCCUUGAAGCCUCAAGAAACACACUCGGGUCAGGAGGAAGUGGGGGAUGAUGUGUGGGGAGGUUUACAGAUUUUGGGCACAAAGGCUUGUCCCCACUUUGCCAUGUACCAUUUGUCAAGACCAUAAGCACAUCCGCCUUUCCAUGGCCCAGCCACUGUGGUUUUAUGUGCAGUAUUGAUGUGUAUGUGUGUGUGUGUGUGUGUGUGUGCGUGCGUGUGUACACGCACCCUGUGCACUUUAUAAAGAGGUAUCAUUCUCUUUACAUGCGUGCGUUGAUGUGUGGACAUAUUCAUUGGUGCUAAUCACAAGAAACAUGUGAUGAUGAUCCAAAGUGCUUGCAAGACUAAAUAAAGCUAAGCACUUUACUCAGUAACUCCUCAUUCUGUUUACUCUUGACUGGGGAAGUCAGUCACAUGUUCGUGUCUGCGAAGUGGGAGUUGUUGCGAUCCCACUCACAGAGUAAGUCGAUGGAGGCCAACGGAUUCACUCCCAAGGAGCAUUAUUAAAACAAUCCAGUGAAAAAAACAUUUUAGGCCUUAUCUGUUUUCUCUAACCAAAGUAAUAAAGUUAGAGUAAACUUUAUGUUUGCAGUUACUUUCACUAGCUAAAUGACACUAGAACAUGUAGGUGUGGCAGGUCAGUAGGUUCAAGGUAAUGGAACAGAGAUUCUUCAUGAGCCUCACCGCCAAAAUCCAACCUCAGAUUAGACCCUGGCUAAUUAUAGAGCUGAGAGCAGGCACUGGAGUCUGCGGCUCUAGAAGCACUUUGCUCAGCACAGUGCUUCUAACAAAAACUAGCCCUCAAGAGGGGGCUCUCUAAAAUGAUUUAGAUCCAGGUGUUCAUUUCUUAAACAUUUAACACAUCAUGUGUAGUGAGCCAGUGAGUGUGUCAUAAGCCUGUCAGCCAUACUUGUUUAUGGAUGGUUUAAUAUGACCAGUACACUGUGUUGCAAAUAAAAUAAGAGGUGUGAAAGUGAUAGUGAUUCAUAUUUUAUGUAAUGUUCCAAAUCAUUUGACAUUGAAAUAAAGUGUUACUGAAAGUGA